AGAUAAUGUCACAUCUAAGAUUAGUUUUGGCAGUUUUGAUAUUUAAAAAUGUUAAUAGUGAUAUGAGAGUAGAUCCCCUAGUACACACGAAUGUAGGGUUGAUCAAGGGGUUAAAAGCAUCGGAUGGGGACUAUUCUAUGUUCUUGGGUAUUCCUUAUGCCAGUGUUGAUAAGGAAAACCCUUUUGGGGCUUCCUUGCCUCAUCCAAAAUUUGAUGAAAUCUUUGAGGCAUACGAUGACUCGGCACUCUGUCCCCAGCUAAACGAGAACACUAACACUAUAACUGGGACUUUGGACUGCCUCCACCUUAACGUGUUCACCCCCAACUCUGCGACGUCCUUAAACCUCCUCCCAGUCUUCGUCUACAUUCAUGGAGGCUUUUUGCAAACUGGCGCAUUUGGCAGAGGGACUUACGGUCCAAAGUUCCUCGUGCAACACGAUAUCGUGUUGGUAACAAUCAAUUAUAGAUUAGGACCUUAUGGCUUCAUGUGUUUAAGUACUCCGGAGAUCCCAGGAAAUCAGGGAUUAAAAGAUCAAUUGAAAGCUUUGAGAUGGAUUAAAGAUAACAUUGAAGCCUUUGGCGGGGAUCCUGGUCAAGUAACUAUAGCGGGACAAAGCGCAGGCGCUGCUGCUGUGGACUUCCAUUUAAUGUAUCCAGGAGAGAGGUUGUUCCACAAGGUUAUACUGCAGAGUGGCGUAGCAUUAACCCCGGAAAGAAUGUUAGAAUUAGACAAUGAGGCACCUAUGAGGCUAGCCGGAUAUUUUGAACAUAAAACUAGCGAUUUGAAUGACGCCUUAAUAUUUCUAGCUACUAAGGAUACUAAUUCAAUAAUAGAAGCAACACUGGAACUUGGCAUCCGUUUUAGAGCGUGCGUAGAGAAAGAAUUUGAAGGUGUGGAAAUAUUUAUACCACAGCAUCCAGCCACCGCCGAUCGGCUGAAUGUGAAAAAUAUUCCAGUAUUAAUAGGAUCCGUCGACAAAGAAUUUUUGACCUCGUAUGCCGACAAGGAAUCAGAUUUUUUUCAAAACCUUACUAUAUUUAGAGACUCGUUAAAUAAUGUAUUUGAUUUUGGCGACGAUUUGGACUUAGUACAUCGAAACUUGAGAAACUUUUACGUAGGUGAUCACGUGAUGACAGACGACGACAAAUGGGAAAUUAUAGAUUUCAUGUCUGAUUUUACAUAUGUUCAUCCUAUACAGCGAGUUUUGAGGAAGUACAGGCAGAACGAAGCGAGAGACAUAUACUUUUAUAUCUUUAACUAUGAUGGUGGAAGAAAUCUUGCGAAGUACAGGGACAAAGUGAGCGCGCCGGGAGCCGCUCAUGCCGAUGAGUUGGGGUAUUUGUUCGAUGUCUCUUUUAUUACCGAAGCGCCGUCGUCAGAAGAUCAGACUGUUAUAGACAGAAUGACUACGAUGUGGACUAACUUUGUCAAAUAUGGGUAAAUAAUAUUUGU